GCGAAACCUCAACUCACUAAUAAACUCAUCCCAUAUUUAAUCAAAAAAAGAACAGCCCCUAAAAAUGGCAAGCUUAUCAGCUAUUGCAAUUUCCCUCCGCAACAAGGCACUCAUCACUCCAAGAGUUUUCUCUUCCGUCCCGACAAGACUCAUCCAUGGGAGUACGAUGAAAGAAGCUUCCGUCUGUGACAAAGCCACCGAGGCUCAACAAAAGGUGGCCAAGAAGGCGGACGAAGGAGCACAAACCAUCUCCGAGGCCGCCGGUAACUUGAAGGAUAAGGCGAAGAACACUGCAGAGGAGGCCUGGGAUAAGGUGAAGGACACUACAGAAAAGAUCAAAGAUACCGUCACAGGAAAAACUGAGGAAACCAAGGAGUCUAUCAAAGCCAAAGCCAAGACCGUCGAGAAAAGCAUGAAUACCAAGAACCUCAAAUAAUAAACAUACUGUCAGUUUUAAGUUAUCCAUAAAUCAAAUAAUUAAUUUUAAGAAACAAAUCAAAUAAAAUGUACUUACGUAAUGUAUGGAGCUUGGUUCAGUAUGUUUACACCUGGUUUUGUAUUAACAAAAUAAAUUACUUUAUCAGGUAAGAAUAAAUCUGGGGUUAUCGAAC